UCUGGAUUUGAACGAAUAGUGAUUGAGAAUCCUGUGAAAGGUUAUACCUCUAUCUGAUGAAGACAGAUCUUUGUAGUCAAAGAGAAGAUUCGAUGCCAGACGGCGUUUGAUGUAGGUUCGAUCUAUAUGGGGUCUUUUAGUUGUUCAAAGAAAAUUUAAGUCGGCUCACCGUAUCACCAUCACAAGAAAUUUUCUACAUCACAGUAAUGGCCUCUGCUAUUUCGAAUGAGGAGUUUGAUAACUCAGGCGAGGAAAUGAUGGAGAAAGCAAGCGGGGAUUUUAUAGGCUGCUUCUUGUGCGAGAACAAUACUGCGGACAGCUCAGAGAAUCCACUUCGUGUUUGGUUAUCUAUGGAUACAAACGUCAAACAGAAGCACUUAAAGCAUUUGAAGAACAGUAUUUUGGCUCCCAUCUUAUUUGGAAAACGAAUGUAUUAUUCUUCAAAGAACAUAAGAUUGUUACACCACUUGAGAAUAAUACCAAAAACAAGCUUUGAAAGAAUUCCCUCUUUGGGAACAAUAUUAUCUAACAAAAAAAUUGACACUGUGGAAUUAAUUGAGGAAAUUGUGGACAUCAUUUUCUCCUGCUUGGGUUCAGAUGAGUUUUUACACAGUGCUUAUCAUACUUACCAAGAACUGCAAGGUUGUUCUGCUGUAGAGGAUGCCCUUUCUGUUGGAAAGAAAAGUGAAUUUGUUGCACUUGUGAGUUGUAGUUAUGAUGGCGAUCAUCGUUUAAUUAAACAAGGAAUUGUGCUUCUCUCACUCACAGUUCUUCAUGAAGUUAUGAAAUACAUAUGUCAGACUUGCAAACCUUGUGACUAUUUGACAAAGUUUGAGGAAGAGAUAGCCAAGAAGGAGCAGACUUGUAGAGGGCUAAGACUGAAAGGAAAUGAUCACUUUGCUGCAGGUGAUUACCACAUGGCUGUAGCAUUUUAUUCUCAGGCAGUUCUGUUAAGUCCAUUUAAUCAUUUGCUGUAUGGCAACAGAGCACAAAGUUACCUCAAGCUGAAGCACUUACGUGAGGCUUUGUCUGAUGCCAAAAGAGCUGUUUGUCUCAAUCCUGAGUGGGAAAAGGGUCAUUACAGAUUCGCACAGGCAUAUUUUGAACUUGGAUUUACUGAGAAGGCUAUGGCUGUAAACUCACUUGCUCAGAAGUGUUGUUCAUCCACACUUAGCUUGCUCUGCCAGUCAGUGGCGUUCAGAAAAGAGAUGGAAAAGUCAGCAGCAACAAACACAGCUCAGUGUCGCAGCUUAAGCAAAGGACAAACUUUAGAUAAGGGUGGUCUUCAACAUGAAGCUUCAACUAUGUGUGGAAAUCCUUCCUCUUCUAAAGCUAAAGUGGGAAGUAAAAGAAACUGGAAACUUGCAAAUGAAAACAGGAAAAGGCAUACCAAUGCUUCAUCAGUUGGCAGCAGUACAAGUCAAAUGUUGGAAAGUGUUAAAGAUUGUGCAACUGCUGAGGUUUUGGAUGAAGAUGAUAAGAACUUUGAAAGUCAUAGCAGUAAGGAUGACAACAAAGACUCUGACUUAUCAAACUGCAACUCCCUCCCAGGUCUCAUCUGUGCCAACAGUGAUGAUGAUGAUGAUGAUGAUGAUGAUGACAUGGAUGAAAGUUGUGGUGGCUCUGUCAUGUCCAGCCUCCCCUCGUUGGCCUCUUUAAGUGACUCAGACAUGGAUUCACGAUCAGACUGGGAACCUGACUGGGACAGUGAUGGAUUUUAUGACUCAGAUGAAUGUUGCUGUUCAGAUUAUUCUAGCGACGACCUGUACAGUGAUAGUUUGUACAGUGAUAGUGACGAGGACGAGGAUAACAAUAUUGAACCAGAAAGGGAUGAUGAUGAUGGUGAUGACGGUGGUGUGCAUCACAGCUUUGAUGAUAUCAGUGAUGAUAAUGACAUUCAGGAGGAAAGUGGAAGCGAUCUCGAGGAUUUGUUGAACAUUUUGGGUCCUCCCCCAAUGUUAACUAACGUGGUCACUCCUGCCCGUCUACUGCUGAGUGUUCUCUUCGAGUUUUUCAGGGCGCAUCCAGAGAUGAGGAAUGAGGGUUCUCCACCGGCAUUGCCAGUAGUGAUCGAGUCACUUCCCAAAGUAAAAGUUACUAAAGAUCAAGUUGCCGUGAAGUUAUCCUGUACCAUUUGUCGGUCUGAUUAUGAAGAAGACGACUCAGUUCUGGAGUUACCAUGUUCUCAUUUAUUCCAUCCUCCCUGCAUCACUACGUGGCUAAAAUUGCACGCCACUUGUCCCACGUGCCGCGAUGUUCUACCUCACUAAAAAACGGAGGAACGAGCUAGUGUUUCAACGGAUUUGCGGAACACGACGACAGAAAGCAGCCGCUUUAUCUUAAACUGUACAAUGUCCAACUUGGAAUCAGGCUGUCUGGUGUUGCCAGUGGAAGAAGUCUACUGACCAAAGACCCGCGCUCGAAUCAUCGGUUGCAUAUGAUCACUGACUCCUUAAUAACUGAUAAAUUGUUGGGAUUGUUAAAAGUUUAGAAAUGCUAAUCAAUCGCAGUACUUUGCAUGAAACAAAGCCAUGGUCAUGGUCGUUGGUCAUCUGUCUAUGAUUCAAUUGAGGCAAUUUUUUGGCAUACUAAGCUUUGAUUGAAAGUUAGAGUUGAAGUCAGGUUAAUCAACCAGUUUUGUUUUAAAGAACUAAAUACGAAGAUAUAUUACUUUAAAUAAGUUCCGUUUGCCAAUCGUUCUGGCUUCGUUACCUUAUCUACACUGGAUAAGCGAAGGGGUUCGAACAAAACGUUCGUCGUAGCGCGUUACAGAUUAAACUGCUUUUCUUUGUCGGUAAUUAGUGAACACGACAAAGGAACUCGCUA